ACCAUUUUAUGCUCUCUUACCGUUAUCUCAACUUCCAUAUCUGAAAGCCACUGGUUUUGAUUUGUCGGAAGAAGGAGAAGAGAAAGAACCAAAGAUGCCCACUUUGAAUCUCUUUACAAACAUACCAGUCGACGCCGUCACUUGCUCCGACAUUCUCAAGGACGCUACUAAGGCCGUCGCUAAGAUCAUCGGCAAACCUGAAUCCUAUGUGAUGAUACUGCUUAAUAGUGGAGUGCCCAUUGCGUUUGCUGGUACGGAGGAACCCGCUGCAUAUGGAGAAUUGAUAUCUAUUGGGGGAUUAGGACCAGGUGUUAACGGGAAGCUUAGCGAGACAAUAUCUGAGAUUCUCCAAAUUAAGCUCUCUAUAGAUAGCUCCCGCUUUUAUAUCAAAUUCUACGAUUCCCCGCGACCCUUCUUUGGUUUUAACGGAUCAACAUUCUGAAACAUGGAUUGAGACAGAUGGCAAAGAGGCUAAUUCAACCUUGUAUAAAUAUUUGGGUUAGAAACUGUUUGCUUAUUGAUUUCAAAAACUGUGGAUCUCAUGCUUUUCACUUAUAUAGAUUUUACAUCUCUUAAAGCCAAUGUAAUCCUCAUGUUCAAAUUGUGUUGGGAACUUGUUGUAAGUUUGUAACUUAAUGAUAUGAUAAAUCAUAAUUGUCAUGCUAACA